UGUGUCAUUAUGCGUUAAAUAAUAAAAUUGUGAAUCUUAUUUGGUACUCUUGGUUAAUAUUAGCAAAAUGAGUUUCACAUAUUGUGCAGUUUGUUUACAAUGACAUUGGCUUGUGCUCAUAAACGAAGAAGCGAUAGUUAUAUUCCACGUCGUCAUACCAGUCAUCCGCUGGUCAAUCUUUACAUUCUAAUCGUGAAAACAGCGCAUCUCAGCAAUAAACCUGUCAAUCUAUUACAUCCCACGACGAGCCAACCAUUAUUCGUUUUCCAGAAAAGUGUGUAUAUGAGUGUGUUUUUUGAUAGUGAAUUCACGUGAUAUAUUCAUAUUGAGAGUGAGUCAGAAAUGAGUGAUGAGUGAGAAAAAUAUAUAACAUUGAAAAAAGUGCUGUGGUUACAAUCGUAUAAAAAAUUAGCGUAAAUCUAAUAAAAGUACAAGUUUAAUUUCCUUAAAACCAAUAUUCAAAUCCAGUUUAAAGUAACGUUUUUGUGUUAGACACGACUAAAAAAGCACUGCAACGAAAAGGUACAACAACUAAUCGCAGCAAUGGGAAAGAAAAACUCCAAACUAAAACAAGACGCCAUCGAUCGUCUGACGACAGCAACGUAUUUUACAGAAAAAGAAAUUCGACAAUGGCAUAAAGGAUUUUUAAAGGACUGUCCCAAUGGUUUAUUAACAGAACAGGGAUUCAUUAAGAUAUAUAAACAAUUUUUCCCUCAAGGCGAUCCAAGCAAAUUUGCUUCCCUCGUCUUCAGAGUAUUCGAUGAAAACAACGAUGGAUCGAUAGAAUUCGAAGAGUUUAUAAGAGCUCUUUCAAUAACUUCAAGAGGAAAUCUGGAUGAAAAGUUACAUUGGGCGUUUCGAUUGUAUGAUGUAGACAAUGACGGUUUCAUAACACGGGAUGAAAUGUAUAAUAUUGUUGAUGCAAUAUAUCAAAUGGUGGGUCAGCAGCCACAAAGCGAGGACGACAAUACACCACAAAAGCGAGUGGAUAAAAUAUUUGACCAGAUGGAUAAAAACCACGACGAUCGAUUGACUCUGGAAGAGUUUCGUGAAGGCAGCAAGGCAGAUCCAAGAAUUGUACAGGCGCUUAGUUUAGGCGGUGAUUAACCAAAACACACAACGCGGGAGGAGGAGAAAAUCCCGCCUCGUUCAUAUUGCUACAAUGCGCAUAUGAACAUCAAAAUUACUCACAGCAACGCAGUGUUUGUAAGGGUUUUAACCUGAAAUAUGUUUUAUAACUCAUUCAUCUUUCUGCACAACAAACCAGUUGGAGUUUAAGCUUCAUUCAAUUUAACAUUUAUUAAUGCAUAACUGUCAUUAGGUUUAAUGUUUCAACCAUAACCCAAGGCAAUGUUCGACUCAAAACUGAUUUCUCUGUAUUUUUUACUUACUUUUUUAUAUUUAAAAUUAGCAUUAGGAUUUAUAAGUAUUUAUUAAUUUCGGUUCAUCAUAGAUCUGUUCAAAAACACAACCACACACACAAUAUAUGCGUAUGCAAUAGCUAAAUUUAUUAAAAAUUGUAAAACUAACGCAGGCCAUAAUCUUUUUGAUAUUGCAAGCAACGUGUAAUGAAUAUUGAAACUACAACACUUAACCAAAGAUUCGUGCGCAGCACGUUAUAUGAUGAACAAUGUGAAAACAAUCGAUUACUAGCAAUCAAUUUACCAUAAAAAUGUUGCCAGCUUAUAGUGCAGAUGUGCUAAACCAAUUCUGAUUGUUCGUGAAACUCGUGUUGUCCAGCUCACUUCUAGUGAAGUUAUGUAGCACAAUCAUAUUACAAAUCGGUAGACAGACAACAUUUAGAUACUAAUACAUUAACAUGCUUGAAGAAAAAAAUGUAUAACUAUGAAUCACAGCAAUUAAAUUAUUAAUAAUAUUAAAUAAAAGGCAAUCAACGUAUGCCAAAUGUUAAUCAAAUAGAAGCAUUCAUAGCUUUUACAGAAUUUAAAUAUUGACAACGAAUCCAUUAUAUUAUUUGUCAGAUAUUUUGCCAAAUAUUGCCAGUUAAUCUAUCAGUUGACAGUUAGUACAGCGCCUACCAUAAUAAUAUCAACAGUCGUUUUUUGCGAUUCACGUUAAAUAUGGAAGAUAUAAAUGAAAAUGUAAUUUGACGUCCUUUCACACCAAAAGCAAACGACUUUUUCCGGAAAAACAAAUUUAUUGUGACGAUUUUUAUUAACAGUAUUAUUCACAUACCUAGGAUAGUUCUUCUUUUGGCUCAACAUCCGUUUUUGGUCAAGGCCUGCCUGUACCACUUGUGAGGUUGGCUUGCAAUGACUUUAGGAUUACCCUCCAUAACAGGAUAGUCAGUCCCACCACGUAUGGCGGCACGGUCUAUUUGGGACUCGAACCCAUGACGAGUUAUCCCGAGAAUAGUUAUCUGUUUUAUUUGUGUAGAACCUGGCUUUAGGGCCGGUCUGGCAGUACAGUCGUCAACUCUUACGACGUAACAACAUGCCCGUCAUGGGUUCAAGUCCCGAAUAGACCGUGCCUCCACA